CUGGAUGCUGAACUGUUCGGCCGCGCCGCCGACGACCCGCCCGCGACCGGUGCCGAGCAUCGUGCCGGCCGGCUGGAGCGCGCCGACGGGGGCACGAUCCUGCUGGAUGCUGUGGGUGACCUGUCUGCCGAGACGCAAGCCAAGCUCCUCGGCGUGCUCCAGCACGGCCGGAUCUACCCGGUGGGCAGUGGUGAUGCCCGGACGGUGGACACGCGCAUCAUCGCUUCCAGCGAUCUCGACCUGGAAAGCCUGGUCGAACGCGCGGCGUUUCGGCGCGACCUGUUCUACCGCCUCAACGUGAUGCCCAUCUACCUGCCACCGCUGCGCGAGCGGCCGGAUGACAUCGUCGCCCUUGCCAACCACUUUCUGAAGCGAUCCUGCGCCAUCUCCGACCGCGGGAAGCUCAAGUUCACGGCAUCGGCGCUCGCGGCCCUGCGUGAGCACAGUUGGCCCGGCAACGUGCGCGAGCUUGCCAACGCCGUCGAACGAGCCGUGGUCGCCGCGGACUCCGCGAUAGGUGCCCAGCACCUCGGCCUCGGCACCGACUUGCGGGACCAAGCCAGGGACGCGUAUCAUGGCGAGUCCCUGAAGGAAGCUGUACGCGGCUACAAGCGCCGCUUCAUUCACGGCGCGCUUGAGUCACAUGGCUGGAAUCAGACGACUACGGCCCGUUCACUGGCCAUCCAGCGCACCUAUCUGUCGCGCCUGAUCAAGGAACUGGAGAUCUCGAAUCGAUGA